UGAAGGGGAGUGGGGUCCUCCAGCAUCACAGAGUUGUGGGGUAGGGGGGUCCCCCAGGAGGAUCAUAGAGUUGGGGGGUAGGAGGGUCCUCCAGGGUCAUAGAGUUGGGGGAUGGUUGGAUUAGGGCUGGUCCUCCAGGAUCAUAGAGUUGUGGGGUAGGGGGUCCUCCAGGAUCAUAGAGUUGUGGGGUAGGAGGGUCCUCCAGGGUCAUAGAGUUGGGGGAUGGUUGGAUUGGGGCUGGUCCUCCAGGAUCAUAGAGUUGUGGAGUGCUUGGGUAGGAGGGUCCUCGGAGAUCAUAGAGAUGGAGGGUGGGGGUUGGAGGGUCCUCCAAAGUCAUAGAGUUGAGGAAUUGGGGUAAGAGGGUCCUCCAAGAUCAUAGAGUUGGAGGGCAUUGGGGUAGGAUGGUCCUCCAGGAUCAUAGAGCUGUUGGGUGGUGUAGGAGAGUCCUCCAAGGCCAUAGAGCUGUCAGGUGGUUGGCUAGGAGGGUCCUCCAAGGUCAUAGAGCUGUUGGGUGGGCUAGGUAGGUCCUCCAAGGUCACAGAGUUGCAGGGAUCGGGGUAGGACGGUCCUCCAAGGCCAUAGAGUCACAGGGAGGGUGGGGUAGGAGGGUCCUCCAAGAUCAUAGAGUUUGCAGGGGAGGGAGAGGACUUUGGAACUGGGCGCUGCCGUCCAACUGCUGGGACUUCGCCCUUGGGGAGGGGGAGAAAAGGAAGAAGGAAGAGAAAGGCAAAUUACCGGCUUCUAAUUAAUCGUUUUUAAUUAGAAGGUGGGGAGGAAAAGCUGCUCACGCUCCGUCAGGAUCCGCUGCUACAGUCCGGGAGAGGGGGACUUCCUUUGGGCAGCCACCAGAACGAUGGACCCCAUCGAUCAGCAACUCCUGGACCUCAACCACCAGAACAGAAUCCUCCGCCUUCAGUUGGAAGCGACGCGAGAAGCCGGAAUCCAAGCUUUAAAAUCAGCAUCCCAACGAUUUUCGGAGACCUAUAAGAAGAAACAGGAAGAACUGAAGAAAUCCCACCAUGAGGAGAAGCAGCGAAUGGAGGCAGGCAGGAUCAUAGAGUUGAGGAAGGAGUGGCGGAAGAAGAUGGCGGAGGAAGAGGAAACAAAGGCGGCGCAUGGCGGAAGUGGAAGAGAGGCUGCGAAGGAUGGAGGAGGAGCAGCGAACGCUGAGCGCCAAGAAACUCAACCUGGAGCUGCAGCUCCGCCAGCUUCACUCCCCGACCUGCGGCCCUUUGCGGGAGGAGAUCAGGACCUUGGACGAUCAGCUGGCCCACCUGCAGGCUGUGAUGCAGAGGCAACAUGGCGCCUUGCGUGGGGUCAUUCGUCAAGCGGAGGAGCUGAGGAAGGAAGCGAGGAUGAAGGAGCAGAGGGUGGAGGAGAUGGAGGAGAGGCUGAGGGGGUUGGAGGAGGAGAAUAAGGAGCUGAAGGCGAGAUUGACAGCUCAGCUGGGCCAAUCCGCCGCCAGGCUUUCCAAAGGGGUGGGGACCGAAAGCUUUCGUCCCAUUGGUUCUUUGGAGGCGGUGCAAAGCUCCCGGAUUCGCAAGCUCUACCAAUCAGGAGGCAGAAUGGAGUCCUAGGUCCUCCAGGGGCAUAGAGUUGGGGGGGUCCUCCCAAGGUCAUAGAGUUGGUGGGUUGCUGGGGUCCUCCAAGGUCAUAGAGUUGGU